UAUCACCCACAAUGUUACUCAUGCUUCACUUGUCGUAACCGGCUGGAUCCGCAUCGUCCGCCUCUCGAAUAUCAAGGCCGCGUAUACUGCGACAUUGACUAUACCAUGAUGGUUCAACAAAGACCUGCAUGCGCCGCUUGCCAUCAGCCGAUCGCACCCCAUGUCCGACCGACCCGUGCUUUGGGCCGCUAUUAUCAUCCAGAACAUAUCCGAUGCUCGCACUGCAACAAGCCCGUGGAUCCAAAAAUGACUGGUUUGGUCGAACGUAAAGGCAAGAUCUUCUGCAGGCCUGAUUUCAAUCUGCUGUACUUGCCCAAAUGCCGAGCGUGCGGACGAGCAGUAGAAAAAGAAGCUGUAUCGGCUGCUGAUGGCAAACUCAAAGGAAAAUGGCAUAAACAUUGUUUCCAGUGCCAUGAAUGUCACUGUGCAUUCCCAAACAACAGGUUCUAUGUGUACAAGAAUGCACCUUAUUGUAGACGCGAUUAUCACAAAAUGAAUAACUCCUUAUGCAAAGGAUGUGACGAUCCGGUUGAAGGCCGGUGUGCACAAACGGCAGAAGGCUGGCGCUUCCAUCCCAACUGUUUUACUUGCUACAUGUGCCAGUGCCUGAUCACCGACGUUUAUUACAUGUCAGACGGUCGUAUCUUUUGCUCAAAAGACCGACAGCAUAGAUCCGAGAAACGGCAUACUUACUUCCAACAAUUGUAA